CGUGAAGGAAACGGAGGAGGAGUGGAGAGGUAACCCUAACCCCCAAAUCCUGGAGCGCCUCCUUCAAUCCCCAACACUCCCAUUCGAAAUCCGUAACGCGGACGGCGUCCGGAUCGAUGGCCGACCACCGCGCCUCGGUCAAUUCCCCCGGCGACGCCUCCCCCUGGCCGGCGUCGAUUCUCCUCGCCCAGGAGGCGUACGUCGCCGUCAGCAGGAACCACACCACGGCCACAGCCAAAUCGAGGGUCGACCAUACCGUGGAGGUCACCUUCUGGAUCGCCGACCCACCGGCGGUGUCCUUCUACACGUUCCACUGCUCCAAGCCCCCCAUCUCCGACUCUGAGGACGCCGACUUGGAAGUUCAGCCACACGUGGUUGACGCGGAGGGCCGAUUCGUUCUUAUCCGCACCUCUUUUGCUUCCGGCGACGGCGAGUAUGAAUUCUUCAUCUACAAGGGCGACCCCAGGUCCCCGUCCCUCGACAGCGUCCCGCUUCCCGAUGAUGAUUCGCUGCACCGUGUUAGCUAGUUCGGAAUCGUGCCCCGUGGUGACGGGGACAUUAUCUCCUGAUUGCACUCUGUGACGCAGUGACCUUGAAGGAUUACCAACUCCACAUCUAGGAUCAAGGAGCUGCUCAACCCAUGUCCUGGGGUCCUUACGAUUGCACCCGACAAGGCCAUGUUGCUCCGAGAUGGCGUGCUGGUGUGGGUCGAUUUGCUGCACGGCAUGUUGGUGUGUGACAUACUUCAAGAACGAGAACCCCUUCGUGCGCGCUACAUCCCAUUGCCUGAGCCAUUGCCUAGAAACAGAGAAGAAAUUUUGAAGCAGUUAAUCCCGGGAGCUGGCGUCAGGCGUAUUCGGGAUGUUGCCUAUGUCGAUGGUCUGAUCAAGUUUGUUGAGAUGGAACACCGCGUCACUGUAACAGAGAUUGUAGAGGUUCCUCCUGAAAAGCCGUCUGACCCCAGGGACAAGACUGUCCUCUAUGAUUCUGACUUGAUCAUGCUCUACAAGCGUAAACAUGUGGACAACAUACCCAAGACGCUGCGCACAAUGAAUGGUUGGAGUGCCAUGACAUGGACUAGGGAGAUUGGGUCUGACUGUUGGCUCAAGGGAGUCAUUGUUGAUGUUGAUGACAUUUUGGUCGAUGACUCCGCGUUUUCGGUCUUACUGUCUGGCCAAAGGAAUGAAUCCGCUGGGAGCUUGACAUUCAAGAACAUGUACUCGGCUUGCUCCAUCCUGAGUACAGAUGGUAAUGAUAUCCUUUACCUCAAGUUAUCCAGGAAAUGGAGUGAUCGAUCUGGAUGGGUGGUUGCUGUUGACCUUGAAGAGAAUACACUGAAAGUGGAAGCACCUGGGGCGCACCCAUUUGGAAGAUAUUCUCCUUUCGCGGCAAACAUUCCUUCCCUGCGCAUUGGUGAACCAUCUAAAAAUGACUCCUGGCAUUAAAGUCUCAGCAAUUCAAACCGCACAGACAAGCAGCUCUGCGAAUGAGCCAAAUAAUGCAGCUAUCUGUGUCGGUGAGCCUGAUUCCUAUGAAUCUGAAAACAAACGUCCAAGGCUAUUGGCUGAGAAAGCCAACCAUGCACAAGAUUUAGCUCAGAGUACUGUACGGAAUGUUCAUAGCUCACAGGCUUGUCCUGAUCAAAACAAUAUGCCUCCACAACCAUGCUUCAACAGAUGGGAGGCGCCUGGCUACCGUGGGUACUCAUCAUGCCCCCCUCAAAACAAUCCGCCGCUGCCACAAUGUUUCAACAAGUUCACUGGACCCUGCAACCCUGUGUGUGCACCGUCGGCCCCUGCCCCUAACAUACGUAGCUACGACAAUUAUCAUUCGCUGUGGCAGCACCCACUGCUACCGGAGCAGCAGAUGGCACCUAGCAGGGCAUUUGGACCUCAUGUGGCACCCCAUCCAUAGUUCAACAACUGGCGUGGAGCCAGACACCAUGGGAAUUCACAGCAACACCCUGCCAGUAACUCAUAUUACUAUGGUGCGCACUCAGGCAGUGGCAACCAAGGAUUUGGAUUUGGUUACCGUCCGAUUUACUAUGAUUACCGAUACUAACCACGUUUACUGACCCCCUCCGGUAAAGCACUCUGCCACCCUUACUGUCUGAAAAAUUCCAAGUUAAUUUGAAUUGGAGGUAUAUAUAAUUAACUGCCGUAUUCAGUAUAUAUCACGGGUUCGACUCCUAGAAGCAUCACUACUGCAAUUGCUGUGUUAGUGUAUGUAUAUAGAUUUCUACCUCUUUUGUCAUUUAAAAUAUAUAUUCAAAUUUCAGCUUCCCCCUAUUCAGUUGCAGCUUCCCUGUAAACACUUAGUGGUGUUUGACCUCGUGCGGUAAGACAUCGAGGUAUGUUCCAAACUGAAAUUUAGAUGUGGUUGCACUUGCACGGUUGGCCUUUAUGUACGAAAAUAUUAGCCUCACAUAGUUAGAUACUGUACACCGAAAUGUAAGUAAAGCUGUCCUGCAUUAGUAUUCACGGGUGUGAAAUAUGAAAAAACAGCAGCUGUUUUUCUGAAGUGUGAACUCAUUAGAAUGGCGCUUAACCUCUUAAAGAGGUACUUUGAAAGAAGCGAAUGUUUGAUAAAGGUGUGGUAAGGGUCAGAGGGUGAUGGAGGGUGGCGGCUCCUUGAAGAUGGAAUAAGGUUCUCCCCGCCUAGCCGUCGCCCUGGUGGUGCGUGUAGCAUCGUUGGAGGGCAUGUGAAGGUGUGUCUCUGGUGUAUCUCGCCGGAUUCAGGCUGUAUUUUUCUUCGUUCGUCUAAGUUUCUGUGUUUACAUGUUGGAUCCUUCCAAUCUAAUCUUCUCUUCAUCGGUGAUGGUUACUAUUCUGGCGUGCUGGUCAUGUGGGGCCUUAGCACGACGACUUGACGACUUUUCAACUGUAUACUACAAUGAAGUUUGCCUGGCUCCGAUGAGGGAGGGGCGAUAACUGCGGCACACCGUCAGCUCGCUCCAGUGAUUGUAGUCGCUAUUGGAUAGAAGGUGUACGGGCUUGGAUGUAAUUUAUGUUCUUUGUACUACCAAAUAGUUGAUGAAUAGAUUGAAAGUUCUUUUCCCCAAAAAAGCCAUCCAUUGCAUGGUCGUUGUGGCCUUGUGGGUAUGUUACAUCCGGGAUAUUUAUUGUACCUUUAUUUCCCAGGGUACUCCUGUUGCCUACCGGAAGAUAUGGCCCAUUAGAUCAAGGUUGGAGCGACGGUUAAUAUUCAUUUGUCCCUACCAGAAAACUCAUUGCGUGCAAGUUGAGUAGCUACACGUUGGUUUUAGAGAAAAGUAUGUUUUUCGUCCCUCAAGUUCCAAAAAGUGCAGACUUCGUCCUUCAACUUUUUUUUGUCUACUUUUGGUCCCUCAAGUUUCAAAAACGGUCAAGUUUCGUCUGAAUUCUGGUUUUGCUAGAAAACAGGACACAUGGUGUGGUAUUCUCUCUCCCCUCGCUUGCCACGCCCGACCUGCCGUUGGGUCAAACAGACAGCCCGCGCGACGCCGUCUUCACUCUCCACCUCGCGCUCUUCUCUUCCUCUUCUCUCUCUCUGUCCCGACCUCACCGUCGCCUUGCCCGGCGUCGUCCCCUUGCUCACCGCCAGCGCCUUGUUCCCCUUCGCUGCCGGCGCCAUGCGAACU